AAAAACAAAAGCUUGAAACAAUUUUCCUAAAAUAGUGCCUACUUGGAUAUAAGCUAGGACCUGUCCACCUCUAGAAUUCCAAGUACCAGUCUGGACAGUUGACAAGCGCACUCAAAUCCGAAUGUGAAUCGCGUUGAAACCGUUGAGAGGCGUCGGGUGUUUUGUUUGUGUGUGAUACUGCGUUGGUUUCUUAAUUUAUGUAAGCUUCACGUGGCAGAUUUCAUGUGAUAACGAACGGAAUCAGGAUCUGCGACCCCACAAGGCUGCUUCUACAUCAAUUCGCUAAAUCAUGGAUGAAGUUUUUGGACUUUUGAAGCUGGGUGUCAAUGUGGACAUUCAAAGAAGUGAUGGUCGGAUUCACUCGGCAGUCAUAUCGGGGGUCAACAAUGACGCCAAGACGGUCACCGUCGAGUGGUUUGAGCGGGGAGAGACUAAGGGAAAGGAGAUCGAGAUCGAGUUGAUAUUCAACUUGAACCCGAACCUGGCGCCGUCCGAGCCGCAGAGUGUGAUUCCGUCCAAAUUGAGUCGGUCUGACCCUCAGCUGCGGCGCGGUGACACCACCAGUCGGUCGGAGGCCUCGGCGGCGGGCCCGUCCUCAUCCCGACUCCGGCAGCGGGUCACCAGCAGCACGAGCACGAGCAGCCGGGCGAGCCGCGCUGCCAACCACACCCGAGCCUACACAAAUCGGCAGUCCAUGGCGAUCCAGAACAACAAAUCGACCAAGACGCGCCAGAGUUACGCGCGGCCGGGUCUGAUGGCGCUCUCCAAUAACGCCGACAUGGGGCUGACGGUGACGUCGCGAGACACGGAGAACAUCGCGCCGCCCGCCUCCAAGGCGCCGCCCCAGGGCUCCCGGAAGCGGAGUAACGUCGUCAAAGAGGUGGAGAAGCUGCAGAAGAAGCGGGAGGAGCGCCGGGAGAAGCAGAACAAGAAGAGGGAGGAGCGCGAGACGCUGAUGAACUCGGACCCCGGCAACGUCAACUGGGAGUUCCUCGCCAUGAUCAGGGAGUACCAGAGCGGUCUGGACUUCCGACCGCUGAAGGACGGAGACGCCUACGACGAGCACCAAAUCACCGUCUGCGUCCGCAAACGGCCGCUCAGCAAAAAGGAGGUCGCCAAGAAGGAGGUGGAUGUGGUGACCAUCCCCAACCGCGACCAGACCAUCGUGCACGAGCCCAAGACCAAGGUGGACCUCACCAAGUACCUGGAGAACCAGCACUUCCGCUUCGACUACGCCUUCGACGAGACGGCCGACAACGUGCUCGUCUACAAGUACACGGCCCGGCCGCUGGUGGACACCGUCUUUGACGGCGGUAUGGCCACCUGCUUCGCCUACGGCCAGACGGGCUCCGGGAAGACGCACACCAUGGGCGGCACGUUCAGCGGCAAGGCGCAGGACGCCAACAAGGGCAUCUACGCCAUGACGGCCAAGGACGUGUUCCGGCUGCUGAAGGCGCAGCAGCACAAGAACAAGGGACUGGCCGUGUCGGCCAGCUACUUCGAGAUCUACAGCGGCAAGGUGUUUGACCUGCUGAACGACAAGGCCAAGCUGCGCGUGCUCGAGGACGGCAAGCAGCAGGUGCAGGUGGUCGGUCUGACUGAGAGGCCCGUCGAGAGCAUGGAGGACGUGCUGAAGCUGAUCCAGCACGGCAACAACAUCCGCACCAGCGGCACCACCUCGGCCAACAACCACAGCUCGCGCAGCCACGCCGUCUUCCAGAUCAUCCUGCGCACCCGGCAGUCCGGCGUGCCGGCCGACCGCUGGAAACUCUACGGCAAGUUCUCGCUGAUCGACCUGGCCGGCAACGAGCGCGGCGCCGACACCUCCUCCUCGGACCGCAACACGCGCAUGGAGGGCGCCGAGAUCAACAAGUCGCUGCUGGCGCUCAAGGAGUGCAUCCGCGCGCUGGGCCGCAAGGGCGCCCACCUGCCGUUCCGGGCGUCCAAACUGACCCAGGUGCUCCGCGACUCGUUCAUCGGAGAAAAGUCCAAAACGUGCAUGAUCGCCAUGAUCAGUCCGGGUCUGAGCUCGUGUGAGCACAGUCUCAACACACUGCGGUACGCCGACCGCGUGAAGGAGCUGGGCGCCCAGGACCCAACCGAGAUGAAAAUGGAGAGCACCAUCUCGAACGGAGGCGGCGGCGGCGGUGGAGGCCGGCGUCCGGAGCCCGCUGAGCCGGCGCGCAGGGUCGAGUCGCCCGACGACGACCUGGCUCAGCUGCGGUCGCUGAAUAUAUCCACCUCCGGCCUGGUGGAGCGACUCCACUCCCGCGAGAAGACCGACUCCGUGACGUUUGAGGGCGAGCUGUCUGCGGACCUGUACAACUUCCACGAGGCCGUCUCCCACCUGCAGGACAUGGAGGAGGAGGUGCUGGACAUGCACAAGGCGGCCAUCGAGCUCUCCCCCCGCUGGCAGCAGAUCGAUAUGUCCCUCCUCAACAUGACCAACGAGGUCGACUACGACGUCGACGCCUACGUUCAGCAGCUGGAGGACCUGCUGGACGAGAAGAUGGACGUGCUCGCCAAGUUCAAGCGGAAGGUGGAAGUGUACCGCUCGCAGCUCGCCGAGGAGGAGAAGAUAUCACGGAACAUCAAGCCGGUGCUGCGGCGGUAGGGGUCGGCCGGGGCUGCUCUGAACUGUUUGAGAAGCUCGGCCGGCCGGUCUGGUACGGUACGACUCGGUCCGGCGUGCAGUGGCGUACCGCCGUCCAGUGUGCUUGCUGUGGGACGGCAGAGUGAUCCCGCAGUGAGACAGCGGGCUCGGCUCGCCGUGAGCAACUAGGAAAGCCGGCGGCGGCCCGCGCUGAGGGCAUUAGGCGGCCGGUGAAUCGGUCUGCCGUCAGACGGCCGAGCGGCCGGCCGCCGCGGCGGCGGUGAGAAUACGGUUGGGGCUGGGAGGCAGGUUUUGGGAGCCUCCGCUGGGCACUGCGGUCCGGCCCCAGCAUCCACCGCCGGGACGCCGACCGGGGCGACUCGGGCGCCGCUACUGUGAUCCGCGCUAACGUGACGUGACGCCGCGUGACGAAAUGUGAUGAUCGGGCCGCGUAUCGCGGUCGCCAGCACCCACCCGCCCGUGACGCCCCUCAGUACUGUGGGGUGUGCGGGAGAGUCUGCCCAUAGGAAACUACUGAGGUGACGCGCCGGUCAUCGGCCGUCAGCGGGUGCUCACAAGUCUGGAACGAGCGAAUACUGGCACCGUCGACACGUGUACCGAGUGUAGUUUGAUGAUAAAGUGUGCUGCCAGUAGCUAGCUGAUAAUCGACCUACGAUGCGCUCUUGAAAUUGCGCCAGUUUUUGUGCAUAAUGCCUUCGUUUCUACUGUUGCCCUUUUGUGCCUGCUUGAGUGCGAUUGGCUUAUUUGCAUGUUGUGUUUUAUCAGUCAUCAUCCAUGGUUCCAUUGACGCCGUCUGCGGCCGGUGGACGGGGCUGUUCCGUGCUGUGGCGCCCGCCUGUGUGACGCGCCACUCGUACCACCUAAUUAUUCUUGCAUUACUCUCCUGUCGCGACUACCUGUGCGAAUUUUCACCCACUAAUGAUUUGUGUCGGGCGCCUACCGACGCGCCUAGUCGGGCAGCUCCGACACCGCUCGAAAUGGUCUCUGGUUGGCAUGGUGGUAUAUUCUGGCCCGGCCUGUUGAGGCGAAUACACACUAUGAUUCACUGCGAA